UUAUUUUGCAGGAACACGUAGCCGCCUGGCAGGCUGGUGCGCCACGGUUUUGAGACCCAAAUAAGGCGCAUGCAGUUUUGCAUCGCAGAGGUGGAUCCUGUCAGCUCGCAGUGCAGAGUCGCUGAUCCGACGUAGAAAGAAAUCCGUCAUAAUGUAGCUUUUUAAUUCGUUUUUAAUGGAGCUCUCCCGAUGCGUGCGCCGAAGGUGUUUACUGCAUGCAACGCAAACGGUGUUGCAGCGAGUAGUGGGUGUGUGACCUGAGGACUGCCGUGAGUGAAGAGACAAGAGGAGCUGCACUCAGCCAGUAUAGCAGAACAAUACGCCACGGUUGAUGUGUUUUAGCCUCUGCCGUGCUCCACUCUCUCCGUUAAAGUCGACGGGAUCGAGCGAAAACACCCGCAGAUAUUAAAGACGUUUAUUUCAACCAAUAUAAGUACCAAGAAACAAGGGAAUCAAGAUGAAAUUUCCGACUGAGAAUCCAAGAAAACCUGGGAACAUGAACCCCCCACCCGUGGCAGUCCAGACCAACCUGGUUCCUCCAAAAAAGGUGCAACCAGGCAUGCUUCAGUCCAGCCUGGUGCAUGCCAGCGUGGCCACCAUGCAGAACCCAAUGGGCUGCGCUCUACCACGGCUCUCUGUCUCCUGCCGUCCCCCCAGCAUGGUGGCCAGCAUGGAAGCAGUGGCUGAUGGCUCGGCCCCCUUCACCAUGAUGAAGUUGAAGACAGUGCUGGCAGUUUUUGUGGUGGUGGUGGCCUACCUGGUGGCGGGGGGCUUGGUGUUCCAGGCACUGGAACAGCCCUUUGAAAACAAUCAAAAGAUCACGAUAACAGCAGAGAAGGCAGCCUUCCUGCAGAAACACCCAUGUGUGUCUCCAGAUGAGCUGGAGGCUAUCAUCAAGCAUUCUGUGGAGGCUGUGAAUGCCGGAGUGAAUCCUGUCGGUGAUACCUCUUACAACUCCAGCCACUGGGAUCUGGGAAGUGCCUUUUUCUUUGCUGGAACUGUCAUCACCACCAUAGGGUAUGGUAACAUUGCCCCGAGCACAGAGGGAGGAAAGAUUUUCUGUAUUCUGUAUGCAAUAUUUGGCAUACCCUUGUUUGGAUUCCUCCUGGCAGGUGUUGGAGACCAGCUAGGUACCAUAUUUGUUAAAAGCAUUGCCAAGGUUGAGAAGAUAUUUCGGAAUAAAAAUAACCAGAUCAGUCAGACUAAAAUCCGUGUGACCUCCACCCUCCUCUUUAUCCUGGCUGGCUGCAUCUUGUUUGUCACCAUCCCAGCUGUGAUCUUCAAACACAUUGAGGGCUGGACGGCUCUGGAGUCAACAUAUUUUGUCGUCAUCACUCUGACAACAGUUGGAAUUGGCGACUAUGUGGCAGGGGGCGACCGGAGGAUUGAUUACCGAAAGUGGUACAGACCACUAGUGUGGUUCUGGAUACUCGGUGGUCUGGCCUACUUUGCUGCAGUGCUAAACAUGAUUGGUGACUGGCUGAGGGUGUUGUCCAAAAAGACAAAAGAAGAGGUUGGAGAGAUCAAGGCGCAUGCAGCAGAGUGGAAAGCAAAUGUGCGUGCAGAAUUGCGGGAGACACGUCGACGUAUGAGUGUUGAGGUGCAUGACAAGCUGCAGCGAGCUGCCACCAUCCGGAGCAUGGAAAGACGGCAGCUCGGCCUGGACCAGCGUGCUGUGUCCCUGGACAUGCUUUCCCCAGAGCGCCGUGCCAUCUUCAACAGCCUGGAUACCAACAACUAUAAGACCUCUUCACAGGAGAGCAUUGACACCAAGCUCAACAACCUUCGUCUUCGAGGUGCUGAGCAGUGUGAUCAGCACUCAGACCACCAGACCAUAUCUGAGGACAACGUUUUCAAUCGCCUGGGCUCUGUCACCAAGCUGGCCAAGCGUAACAGGAAUAGGGAUCUGAAGAAAAACAUCUUAGAUGAGUCUCGCAGGUCUCACAACGAGGCCUAUGGCUGCACCAUACCCACUUUUGACUGUAGCACACCUGCUGCAGAUGAAGGUCAAAGGAAGGACGAAGGAGAGGAUGAGAAUGAAAACAAGGAGUGCAACACUAGUUUGUCUGAUUUUCCACUGUUUCUGGAAGCCUGCAAGCCACAGAAUGGGUUUAUUCCAGAGCAGGCCAAAGAGAAUGAGAGUGAGAAAAUACUUAAAACAAAUGAGCCACAUAUCCAGAUGGGCCCAUAGACAGUGUUCUCAUAGAACAUGAGGUUUUAUAUACCACUUUUAGUGCCUUAGGUCUCACUUAUUCUUAUGUGUGCUUAAGCAGGAACAACACCUGCCCCUUUGUGCUACAUAUACUGUAAUUUUCACAUAUUCACUGUGCCCUAUUUAUGUUUGACACACAUUGCCAGGUCUGGGAAAGGUGCAAUCAUGCUAUGCCCAAUGAUGGUCAUAGUUUUAACAGGUUGCCAACUAAUCUACACUGAUCAAUCACAACAUUAAAACCACUGACAAGUGAAGUGAAUAAAAUUAAUCAUACAGUAUGUUUACAAUGCAGUAUUCUGCAGGGAAAUCUUGGGUUCUUGCAAUCGUGUGGAUGUUCUUGGACAAACACCACCCACCUAAACAUUGCAGACCAAAUACAUCCCUGCAUGUUGUAGUCACUGAAAUAUUUCGGAGCUGUUUUGGAAAUGUGUCAGGGUGCAUUUUCUCCUCCAGCUGAGGAGAGACUGCUGCUGCUCGGAAGAACCGUUGCCAUGAGGGGGUGUAUUUCGUC